GUUGUUUCUUCGAUUGAACAACAAAGCCUUCACUUCAGAAAUAUCUCCUCGCUUCGGGUCUUUCGUAGCCCCCCCCGUGUCACGGAGAAUAAGGCAAUGCCCGCGCCAAUCGACAGUUCAGCUGUUGCUGACGAGAUCCAACAAGUUUCUCUUGGCGACAAUGUUGUUCAACCCGGCAAGCAGAAUAUCGAGGAUAACAGUGGGACUAUUGGACAGACUGCUGCCCCUCUGGCUGCUAGAGUCCAAACACUUCUGAAGGGGGGACGUGAGAACAAGGUCCCCAAGGUUCCUCAGGAGGCUCGCAGCAAUAGUGGUGAUAGUGGCACAAACAGUGUUCGCUCUUUCGACGCAACGCCGGACCUUACCCAUGAUCAAGCUGGAUCUCGCUCUUCAGCCUAUGAAAGCCAAUCUGACAUCAACACCCCGCUAGAUGGCUCAGUCACUCAAAAUAACAGCUACUUCCCCGCUGACCCCCGCCUGGUACGCAUACGAUUGGACCAAAUAAAGCGAGCUUCGGGCCAGAACGCAACGCCCACCGAAUCCAGCGCAGACGACAACUCAGUCAAUACAUCCAGCCGUGCCGUCUCUCGCCCCGACUCAGUCGACGAAAGCCAGGUGCCAGGACAGGAUGAAGCUCUUGUCGGCCGCCCAGUCAGUCGACGCUGGAGUAUCACCGCAAGCGAUACCAACAAUGAGAACUCUGACAAGGCGGCUCGCGCUUCAUUAAGACGCUCUAUUUCUUCCUCCCAGCUGAACGCAACUGCUGCCGCUGCUGCCGCCGCAACAAGCACAGAGUCCGACCAUCAUGACUGGUUCGCAGACACCGCCCGUCCGAAGGCCUUGGUGGCUCCGUCAGCAGGCCCUGCUCCAGUUGUGCCUGGCUCGACUCCGCAUCAACAAGAGGGACCCAUCGAUAUUGAAGACCCCGAGAGUGCGUCCGCCGGCGCAGCAGUCACGGUAGAUGAAGUUGCUACACCGGCACAGACUAAGGGCAACUACUGGCCUCGCUUCAAGGCGUGGUAUAGACGUGUAUACUGCCCUACGGAGUCGCCGCCGCUCGUCUUGCCCACAGCACCAACCGACGCCGAGAAAGUCCUAUAUCUCAAGACAAACCGUCUCGGUCUGCAUGGAAUCGGUGUGUUGGCGUUCUGCAGUCUUUCUGCUGGUAUGUGGCUGUUCGUCCUCUCAUCGGUUGCUUUCUACUGGUUUGGUGCAUUCGUCGCUUUCCUCCAGCUCUACAUGAUCGUCUCCUACCUGACCUCAGUCUGUGGAGGCGAGUUCAACAUGGAAGAGCACAACAAGAUCCUGGCCGAGAACCCCAUCGACCCCGUCACCGCCCCCGACAUCGACAUCUACCUCCCCGUCUGCAAGGAGCCCAUGGUCAUCCUCGAAAACACCUGGAACCACGUCAGCGCCCUGCAGUACCCCGAAGGCAAGAUCAAAGUCUGGGUCCUCGACGACGGCGCCGACGACAACGUCAAGGCCCUCGCCACAAAAUUCGGCUACAACUACAUCGUCCGCGACAACCGCCCGCACCUGAAGAAAGCAGGUAACCUCCGCUACGCCUUUGCCCGCACCGAAGCGCCCUUCUUCUCCAUCUUUGACGCCGAUUUCUGCCCUCGUCCGGACUUCCUGCUCGAGAUUAUGCCGGAGCAUCUCGCCAACCCGGAUACGUGUAUUGUGCAGACGCCGCAGUUUUUCCGCACCACGACGGAUCAGUCGUGGGUUGAGCAGGGUGCGGGUGCGAUUCAGGAGGUGUUCUACCGUGUUGUGCAGACGAAUCGGAAUAAAUGGGGUGCGUCGGUGUGUGUAGGCAGCAAUGCUAUCUAUCGCCGUGAGUCGCUUGUCGAGGUCGGUGGAACGGCUGAGAUUGGGUUCUCGGAGGAUGUGCACACGGGUUUCUAUGCGAUGUGUCGUGGGUGGAAGCUGCGCUAUCUGCCGCUUUGUCUGGCUUGUGGUGUCUGUCCUGAUACACCGCGCGCGUACUUCAGCCAGCAGAUGAGAUGGGCCAUGGGCUCAACCACCCUCGUAACCAACCCCGAAUUCUGGAAAUCGCCGCUCAACCGCAUGCAAAAGAUCUGCUUCCUCUGCGGUCUCCUCUACUACUCCGCCGUCGUCCUCUCCAUCUUCAUGGCGCCCCUCCCCGGUAUGCUCCUCAUCUGGAUCCGGCCCGAAUACGUGCGCUACUACAACUUGGCCUUUGCCGUGCCCUCGGUGCUCUACGGCCUGAUCAUCAUCCGCGCCUGGGCCAAGGCCGAGUACGGCUUCAACGUGCAGUUCAUCCAGCAGAUCCAGAUGUACGCGUACGCCGCCGCGAUCAAGAAGCGUAUCCUCGGCCGUGGCUUGACGUGGGUGGCGUCGGGCGACAGCAAGGUGCACAAGAGCAAUGAGUUCCGUGAGAUGCGGAUUGUGGCGUGGGUGUGGAACACGACGAUUGUGGGAUUGACGGUUGCUGGUAUCGUGUAUCAGACGCUGGGGCAUAGGCUGCACUGUGUGAAAAAUGGCGGAAAAGUCGGUCACUAUGGAUGCGUAUGCAAAGCUGACUUGUACAAGGUCCCCGAUUCCUCACCACCAGCCUUCUCCGCCAUCUGGCACUGGCUCUCCGCGCCUCCACGCGUCCACGCGUACCCACGCCUCCAAUACGAAUCCGACACCCUCCCCAUCCAGAUCUCCGAGCUACAAUCCCUCAGCGUCUCCCUCGCAUGGAGCAUGGCCCCGCGCAGCCUCGACAGCAGCGCCAGCAAAGACCCAAACACCCAACCCAACGCCGACGCCCUCGCCGGCAUCGGCACCCAGGCCAACGUCGUCAUGGACCUCUUCUGCGACGCCGACCGCGACCGCAGCGCCCAGCCCAGCCAGCAGAUGUACGAGAUCAUGAUCUGGUUUGCGCGUCUGGGCGAUGCCAGCCAGCCCAUCGGCUUCGCCGCCGACGCGAACGGCAUCCUCGAUAUGACCCUCGAAGGCGUCGAUUUCACGCUGUACAACGGCUCAAACUCGAACGGCCAGACCGUAUACUCCUGGGUCUCGCCCACAAUCGUCACGUCCUUCACCGGCGACGUUACGCCGCUCAUCCACGCCCUCCCCCGAUACGGCCUGAUUCCGUACGAAACCUACAUCGGCCUCGUGCAGUUCGGCACCGAGACCUACUUCGCCAGCGAGGAAAUUGUGUUCGAAGCCGAGCACUUCGAAGCGGAACUGACUGCGGUGCCGGGUGCGAGCGGGACAGGUGGCGGCGGCGGAAGUGGUGGGUUAGGCGUCGAGCCGUUGCCGGAGCAGACUGACAGUGCGGCAGUCAAAAUCGGCAUGGACGCAAAGAAUAGUCUCUGGACGUGGGCCACGCUAGGAAUCGGAAUUGCUAUAGCGAGUUUCGGCGGUGGUGGUAUGCUUGUAUUCUUAGGAUUGUGA